AUGCCUCCUCCUCCAACUUCACCUCUCACACAGCAAGCUCUGCUUACUGCUGUGACCACUCUGGCACAGAUGAUCUCUCUCACUUCUCUUGAUAAAGAGUUCUUAAGUCAGUUCCUGAGUAGCGCUCUCCGUUUAGCCUUGUGUAACCCACUGUUGGUCACGCCGCGAUACACCUCUCCUGGCCGGCCACCGUGGAGGAGCGAGCGGCUCCACCCUCCAAGGGCCCACCAAGCACUCGCUGCGAACACCAGCCGCCGCGAGCCACCAUUAUUGACGAUGGCCGGCUGGGCCUCGGAGGGACGUGGGGCUGGCCCUUGCCGUAGCGAGGGGUCAGCAUGGACUCUGCCUACUUAUCACUCGACACGUCACCACCGCUACACAGGCUCCGCACCAAAUAACACAAGAUAGUAAGCACCAAAUAACACAAUAACGGACCCUGUUCCCAACAAUGGAUCACUCUGGUACACUUUCAAUUACACCGAUCACUUUGUGAAACUCUUGCUUUUC